AUGGGCAAAUGGUGUCCAUCGCGGCGCGAGUGGUCGUCACCGCCGGACGUAGCGCGGCGGGUUUACUCCUCAGUGUUCUUGGGUAGUCCGGGUGAGUACCCAGGCGACGCGAGUAACGCGAGCAUCGGGUCUGGUGAAGGCACGGGCGAGGAGGACGACGACACCAAUGGCAAGAAAAACCAGAAGAAACGUGGCAUCUUCCCCAAGGUCGCCACCAACAUCCUCCGCGCGUGGCUGUUCCAGCACUUAACGCACCCCUAUCCAUCGGAGGACCAGAAAAAACAAUUAGCACAGGACACAGGGUUAACGAUACUACAAGUAAAUAAUUGGUUCAUCAACGCGAGACGUAGGAUAGUACAACCAAUGAUAGACCAGUCAAAUAGAGCAGUGUUCUACCCGGCAGUGUUCCCGCACGCGGGCCCCAGUGGUGCGUACAGUCCCGAGGCAACCAUGGGCUACAUGAUGGACGGCCAGCAGAUGAUGCACAGGCCGCCGACGGACCCCGCCUUCCAUCAGGGCUACGCGCAUUAUCCCGCCGAGUAUUACGGUCAUCAUCUCUAA